CAGGUGAGGUUACCUGGGCACCCGGAGAAGCCCCGAGGGGCGCUGCGAUCCUUCCUCUCGAAGUCGCCCCACUCCCUGCCGGGGCCCCAGGACUCUGGCCCCCUCUCUCCCUGCGCGCAUCCCCUGCCCCUCAGGCUCCGGCGCGCAGCUACAGCCGCCCGCAGCGCUCGACUCCCCUCCGCCGACCUGGCGUGACGCAGGCGGAGACUACUUAAAGCCAGAUUAGAGGCGGCGGCCGCGGAUUCCCGAGCCCUGCAGCCGGCUCCGCGCGCUCCGCCCCGGCUUCGCAGGCGGCAGCGCGGGAGCGCCCGGUGCCCGCUGAAGUGCCAGGCGCGGGGGCUGGGGCCUGGACCCUUUUUUGGCUCCCAACCCCCGGCGGUGAGUGGGGCCCAAAGACCUCGCUCGGGCGGGCGGGAGCUCGAGGACCUGCACGCGGCCACCCCCGCUCCGCCCCGCCCCUCCCCCGGGCAUCCGCCGGCUCCAGACCUGACGCCCGGACGGCGCUGGCGGUUCGUGGCCGACCUCCGGACCGCGCCAGCUGCCCAUCAGUUGGGCGUGCUUGGGUUUCCUUCCCCAUUUCCCUCUUUUAAGUACAAUAAAAGGGAGAGGGGAAUCGUGGAUUUUUAAAAAAUUUUGUUUGAUUCUUUAAUUGGGGGGCAAUUCGCUCCCAGUCGGGAGGUGCGGCCCGGGGAGUGGCCAGGAGCGGGGACGUGCCCGGUACUGCCCAGUCUUUGUCUGCUGCCUCCGGAUGCACAGCGAUGGGGGAAUGGACCAUCUUGGAGAGGCUGCUGGAAGCCGCGGUGCAGCAGCACUCCACUAUGAUCGGGAGGAUCCUGUUGACUGUGGUGGUGAUCUUCCGCAUCCUCAUUGUGGCCAUUGUCGGGGAGACGGUGUACGAUGAUGAGCAGACCAUGUUUGUGUGCAACACCCUGCAGCCCGGCUGUAACCAGGCCUGCUAUGACCGCGCCUUCCCCAUCUCCCACAUACGUUACUGGGUCUUCCAGAUCAUAAUGGUGUGUACCCCCAGUCUCUGCUUCAUCACUUACUCUGUGCACCAGUCUGCCAAGCAGCGAGAACGCCGCUACUCUACUGUCUUCCUAGCCCUGGACAGAGAUCCCCCUGAGUCCAUGGGGAGCGCUGGAGGACCUGGGGGUGGGAGCAGUGGUGUUGGCAAACGAGAAGACAAGAAGUUGCAAAGUGCCAUUGUCAAUGGGGUGCUGCAGAACACAGAGAACACAAGCAAGGAGAUGGAGCCAGAUUGUUUAGAGGUUAAGGAGCUGACUCCACACCCAUCGGGGUUGCGCACUGCAGCACGAUCCAAGCUCCGAAGGCAGGAAGGCAUCUCCCGCUUCUACAUUAUCCAAGUGGUGUUCCGAAAUGCCCUGGAGAUUGGGUUUCUGGUGGGCCAAUACUUUCUGUACGGCUUCAGCGUCCCAGGGUUGUAUGAGUGUGACCGCUACCCCUGCAUCAAGGAGGUGGAAUGUUACGUGUCCCGGCCUACUGAGAAGACUGUUUUUCUAGUGUUCAUGUUUGCUGUGAGUGGCAUCUGUGUGGUGCUGAACCUGGCUGAACUCAACCACCUGGGCUGGCGCAAGAUCAAGCUGGCCGUGCGAGGGGCCCAGGCCAAGAGGAAGUCAGUCUAUGAGAUCCGCAACAAGGACCUGCCACGGGUCAGUGUUCCCAAUUUUGGCAGGACUCAGUCCAGCGACUCUGCCUAUGUGUGAAAGGGCAGGUUUUGGAAAGGCCUGGGGGAUGACAAGUAGCCCCAAGGCAGACGACUGUGGAGAGUGGCUCUAUCUGCCCUCAUUUAUGUGGCUGUCAUCACUGAGACGUAGAAUAAGGCUGGUUAAGAGAAGAUCUUGCCUCAAUGGGAGAGGAGAGAAAGUAGAAUGAUUACGUCACACCACUGGUUCCAGAGACAGUUGGAUAGAGUGCUGAGAGGAUGAGUUGGGCUUCUUUGAGUCCUUUUGUUUCGUGGUCCAGUUUGAUCCUGAUCAUAGUGGACUUGCACAGCUACCAAGCAGGACUUAGCUCUGCUAAGCUCUGUAUUCUGGUGAAUGGCGUGAGUCAAAUAUUUUAUUGGUACACAAUUUGUGACCUAUCUCAACACAUCCUUCCAUCCUGGGCUGCAGGACAAACAUCCUUGAGGCAUCCUUCAUGUACCUCUCCCAUCAGCAUGCCCCUCUCCCUCCGCCCAGGAUAGCAUGCCAGCUUUUCUCUCAAUCUGGCCUUACAGUAGACCUACUAUGGUUUAUCUGCAAGCUAGAGGGAAUUCCAUGGGGUGCUUUUUGGAGAAUGGCCAUGGCAGAGGUUUGCAUUAUAGCCCCAUCUGACUGGCCCUUAGUCAUUAUGAAAACCUUAGGAAUGUCUCAAUAUUUCCAGUUUUCUAACUCGAACUGCACUGGUGCUGUUUAUUAGGGGCAGGGUGUUGGGUGGGAGGGAGGGAAUUGAAAUAUGCAACUAUAAUAGUCCUGUGGGAUGGUUGUUGCCCUGUUAGGCAUGUGGUUAUGAGCUUUGGGAUAUUUCUGCCUUCCAGAUUGUGGACUUUGGACAGCAUUAAAAAUAUAUUUGCUGUUGUUGUUGUUAAUAUCAAGGGUGUCUACCCGAGCCACAGAAUUUCUAACUGGUGUAUUUCACUCAUUUUCUUGUAUAGUUUUGCUGUGCAACACAGCUUCACUUCAUUUUGCCAUGGUUUGAAUUUACCUGUGUGCUCACACCAGAGACCUUAAUCAGCCCAUGUCAAUCCUGAUUUAUUAUUUUAUCAGCCAUUUUUGAAACACACACAAUCACUGGCUUAAGAAACCUGGAACUAAACACUAUUGGCUAACACGUGUUUACGGAUGCUUAUUUGAGAUAUAUACCAAAGGUUCAAAAACCUGUUGCUUUGGACUGUGAACAUGUUUCCUUCUCUUUGCUCCUAUUUAUUUAAGUGCCAUCCUGUACCUUUCACAUCCACUGCGUAUUUAGUUAAAGCAUUGGCCAAGAAUAAUAUUUGGCUAACGUGCUUUUAUGAAGCCCUCUGUUUCCUUUGCAUUAUCAUUAUGAUUUUUGGUUUAGAUAUGGACGUGGUGUAACACACAACUGAGGAUCUGUUUAAAAUAAAGUUCUUGCCUUUUUUUUUUUAAUGGGAA